GCGCGCAGCGUUUGCGCAAGCGCAAAACCGCGCCGCGGCGUAGCUCGUAUCUUGCUGAAAACGCUUUCCGAGAGAGGUUGAGCAGUUUGCACAAUGUCGGAAAUGGCUGAGCUGUCCGAGCUGUAUGAAGAGAGCAGUGACCUGCAGAUGGAUGUGAUGCCUGGCGAGGGUGACCUUCCGCAGAUGGAGGUAGGCAGCGGGAGCCGAGACCCACCCCUGCGUCCCUCCCGCAACGGGGCCCCGCCGCAGCUCGAGGAGGAAGGCCCAAUGGAGGAGGAGGCGGCCCAGCCAAUGGCGGCGCCGGCGGGGAAACGGGGCCUCGCUAACGGGCCCAACCCCGGGGGGCAGCCGGGCCCAGACUUCGAGAGCGAGGACGAGGGCGAGGAAUUUGAUGACUGGGAGGACGACUACGACUAUCCGGAAGAGGAGCAGCUGAGUGGUGCCGGCUACAGAGUAUCAGCGGCCCUUGAAGAAGCCAACAAGAUGUUUCUGAGAACAUCCAGAGCAAGAGAAGCAGCCCUGGAUGGCGGGUUUCAGAUGCAUUACGAGAAGACCCCGUUUGAUCAGUUAGCUUUUAUCGAAGAGCUUUUCUCACUUAUGGUCGUCAAUCGUCUGACCGAAGAACUCGGCUGUGAUGAAAUUAUUGAUAGAGAGUAGUUGAAUGCUGUUAAAAGAGGAGGAAACUACUUGAGGAGAGACCCAACUUUCCACUAUCUUUUGGGUUCAUUCCAAAUAGUCCUGUGCCAGUGAAAAACUUGGUCUUCAAAAAGAGUUUUUGUUUUUCAGAAUAGAAGACAAUAGGACAGUGACUGCACAGUUGUGAAAAAGGAAGAGGAUCAUUGAAGAAAAAGCAUCUUAGGACUGUUGCAAUCUGUUCUCAAGAAUGUCCUGAAACAUCUAUGGCUUCGUCUUUGUUAUUGAUCCAGAUUAUUUUCCUUAAUUUGGGGAAAAUGUAUUUGUUUCGCUGUAAAGGUGGUUUUGCAAGAGUAAGUCAUGACCAAGACAAGCUACCAAUACAAGAGCCUACUGACACUAGUUAAUGAGAAAAAAAUAUAUCCGAAUAGGACACAAGAUAUCUUUAAGUUGUUUGGACUGAAAGCCUGUUAAGAAAACUGAAAAUUCCACUUUGUGAUCUACUCAAGCACUAGUUAGCAAAGGCUAAGUUUUCAGUGUAAGAUAAAUUGAGUAUUCUUCAUUAUUCCAAAAGGAUGAGUAAACUCAAAAAUUUGUAUUACAUGUGUUAUAUCUUAAAAUGUGUUUCCAGAAGCAUCUGAAAUUUUGUACAUGUUUCUUGAUCAUUUAUAAAGAUACUGUGAUCUAUAAUUCGAGAAAAUCCAUUGUCAUGACUUUUUCAAAGUCAAAAAUUAAGACAUCCCGAAAGGUUCCAAUCUGCACAUUAAAAUGUAUGUGAAAGUACAAAGAAAACAAUUUCUCACACCUUGUAUACUAGAGAAAUUUUGUUUUGCUCGCUCUGUUUCUCAUUUAACUUGACAGGUGAAAGACUUUAGUUGAACUUCAUAUUGUAAGAACUGUUAGUGAAAAUUGUCAACUAAAAGGAAGGCCCUAUAUCUAAAAAGACUAUGAACGAUUAUGCUGUCAACUUUUAAGAGUUUUAAACCUGCCCAGAAAUUCCCCUCAGUAUCUGAAGUUUCCCUCUGUCUCCUCCUCUAAUUAAUCUUGUUAUUCGUUAUGCACCAGCAUUGGAGAUAAUAAAAUUUCUUCUUCUGUGUAA